AUGAAGAGCGCAUCCAUCGCCGACGCGAAUGCGGCGGCGAUGAUGGCGGAAGUUAAAGUCGUCGAUCCAUCGUCGUUGCCCGAGGACGUGCGACGGUAUCGAGAGGAACGAGCGAAGUAUUGGCCGAGCGAUCGAAACGUGCGCGCGAAGACGGAGGCGGGGGAGGAGGAAGAGCGUGCGAGAGCGGCGCGGCGGGAACGGUUGAGGGAGAUUUUGGCGAAACAGCGCGAGAUGGGACAUUUUGAAGCUUCGCAAGAAAUUGGCGAAGAGGAGGGCGGUGUCGCGGCGCCCGCCGCGCUUGAUGGUAAGGGUGUAGAAGCGCGCGCGGCGGAUGGGAGCAAAGUGUGUCGAUUUUGGUUGCAGGGUGGGUGUCGAAAAGGUUCGGCGUGCGAUUUCAAACACGAAUCUGCGCCGAAUAAAGAUCAAAAGUGUCGAUUCUUUGCCCGAGGUCGGUGCAAGGCGGGCGCGCGAUGUCCGUUCAAGCAUGAGGUGACGGAAAGAAAAUCAUCCGCGGCAGAUGGAGGUGGCAAUCCCCAGACGUUACUGAAGAAAUUGUUGGACAAGGAGAUUAAGCGCGAUGAACAGCGUUUGUUGCAACUGUUUCGUUUCUUCGUGAACAACGACUUCUUCACCGGCACGAAGGGUGUGGAUGAGCCGCUGUGGAUGUUCCCAUGGGCGGAUUCCGGUAAGAAGGUCAUCGACCGACGUGCGGCUUUGGCAUCUUUGUCGCCCGUGGACGACGAAGACGACGAAGACGAAGUCGCCCCGCCGCCAGUGGCGCCGGCGGACUCUGUCGAAGAGAAACGACACCAAGAUCGGCCAGAUAUGGGAUUCUUCGCGGCUUACGACAGCGAUAACGAUAGCAAUAGCGAUUAG